AGAUAGUUUCUUUUCAUUUUUUAGAAGUUGAGAGCGCUUCUAGCUUUACCUCUUGAAAAUGUAAAAAAUGGUAUGUUUGAGAGGAUCCCGCGUUUUGGAAAUCCUGAGGAUUAAUGAAAUUUUUUGAUUCGCAAAAAAGAAAUACGAGAAAAGGAUCAAAAUAUUCUUACUAAUCAUGGUGAACAUGGCUGCUAACAUUAAUAUCAAUCAUUAACGAUUAGGUAAAUUCUUGACAAUAUGGGGAAAAAAGAUUUUACAAGAGCGAGCUUCGGUUUUAAAGCAAACUCGGAGUUACCCAAAGUGACAACACAACACGCCCACCAACCCACGCACAGCGGUUAUAUGGGAUGAACCGCUCUGGACAAAUCUCUCUCUCUCUCUCUAAUCUAUGCCUUUCAGAAAGAAGAGAGAAGGUGGGGACGGGUCCCACUAAUCGAAGUGGCGUAGUAGCUGGCAAACAUGUCUGACAGUCUGUUUCUCUCUAACGCCCAGCCCCGCCUUUCCUUUCCCAAAAACCCAAAACCCCUUCAAAAGAAAACCAAAUACCCCACGCACUCCUCAAAUAAUUCAAUCAUUACAAAACAGCCCCCAACAAUUACCAUAAUAUUUUCCCCCUCCUUCCCUUUUAAAACCCCCCUUUUCCCCUUCUAUCACUCUGUUCAUUCAUUCCUUUCUUUCUUUCUUCCCCUCUCUCUCUCUCUCUCUUACCCUUUCCCAAUUUUCUCUCUCUAGACAAUUGAAAUUUGAAACCAUCCAUGGCGGAAGAGACUCAAGCGCCGGCUGCCGCUUCCACACCGGCAGCGACGACGACCGAGGAGGUCGUGAUGGUGGAGAAGCCCGUGACUGAAUCGCCGGCUCCAGUUCCCGAGGCGGAGGUGGAGGAGAAGAAGGCGGAGGAGCCGAAGGAGAAGGAGGAGGUCGUUGCGGCGGAGGAAGCUGCUCCGGCCGCCGCGGAGGAGCCCGAGCUGAAAAUUGCGCAGUCGGUUUCGUUCAAGGAGGAGUCCAACGUCGUCUCCGAGCUUCCCGAAGCUCAGAAGAAGGCUCUGGAGGAGCUGAAGCAGCUCAUCCAGGAGGCUCUGAACAAGCACGAGCUCACCGCUCCGCCGCCGGCCCCGCCGGCGAAGGAGGAGGAGAAGAAGCCGGAGGAAGAGAAGAAGGAAGAGGAAGCAGAGAAGGUUGUUGAGAUCAAGGAGGAGGAGAAGACCGCUGAAGAAGCUCCGAAGACCGAAGAGAAGCCGGCGGAGGAAGCUCCAGCAGCAGAAGCAGCGCCGGCCGCCGAGGCUCCGGCAGUGGAAGCAGCUCCGGCCGCCGCUGUGGAGGAGGAAAAGAAGGAAGAGGAUGUCAAAAUUGAAGAUAAGAAAGAGGAUGUGAAAGAAGAGGCCACCACAACCGCCGUCGUUGCCGCUCCAGCCGUCGAUGAAGACGGAGCGAAAACCGUUGAGGCGAUCGAGGAGACAAUCGUCGCCGUUGCCUCCACCGAGCCACCAGCGGCUGAAUCAGCUCCAGAUGCCUCAUCCUCCAUCAAACCAGAGGAAGCGAAAACAGAGGAGCCAAAAACAGAGGAGGAAGCUGCUCCACCUCCGCCGCCGGAGGAGGUCUUCAUCUACGGCAUCCCGCUCCUCGGCGACGACCGGAGCGACGUAAUCCUCCUGAAAUUCCUCCGCGCCAGGGAUUUUAAAGUGAAGGACGCCUUCACCAUGAUCAAGAACACCGUCCGCUGGAGGAAAGAAUUCGGAAUCGAUUCGCUCCUCGAGGAAGACCUCGGAAACGAGCUGGAGAAAGUCGUCUUCACCAAAGGAGUCGACAAGGAAGGCCACCCGGUCUGCUACAACGUCUACGGCGGGUUCCAGGACAAGGAGCUCUACCAGAAUUGCUUCGGCGACGAGGAGAAGAGCAAGAAAUUCCUCCGGUGGAGGAUCCAAUUCCUCGAGAAGAGCAUCGGGAAGCUCGAUUUCAGCCCCACCGGAAUCUGCACCAUCGUUCAAAUCAACGAUCUGAAGAACUCCCCUGGACCUACCAAGCGCGAGCUCCGGCAAGCUACCAAUCAAGCCGUUAGCAUCCUCCAGGAUAACUAUCCCGAGUUCGUCGCCAGACAGGUGUUCAUCAACGUGCCGUGGUGGUACCUAGCAUUCAACAAGAUGAUCAGUCCAUUCCUCACCCAGAGGACGAAGAGCAAGUUUGUGUUUGCUGGACCUUCCAAAUCUGCAGAGACUCUGUUCAAAUACAUAACCCCAGAGCAAGUGCCUGUUCAGUAUGGCGGACUGAGCAAAGAUGGGGACCAUGAAUUCACUGCUUCUGAUGCUGUGACUGAGAUCGUAAUCAAGCCUGCCGCUAAGCACACUAUUGAACUCCCUGCAACCGAGAGUUGCACAUUGGUGUGGGAGCUGAGAGUGUUGGGAUGGGAGGUGAGCUACGCGGCGGAGUUCUCGCCGAGCGUGGAGAAUGGAUACACGGUGAUCGUUUCGAAGAACAGGAAGCUAGCUCCGACGGACGAGGCGGUGAUCUACGACAGCUUCAAGGCAGGAGAGGCGGGGAAAGUUGUGAUCACCAUUGAUAACCAAAGUAGCAAGAAGAAGAAGCUGCUCUACAGGACGAAGACCAAGCCCGUUUCUUCGUAAGAAGGUUGUUGUUUCUUAUUUGUUUUUCUUUCUUUUGGACCAAGAUACAGAGGGGAGGGGGAUUUCUUUUUGUUGUUGUGGUGGUGAUUAUUCAUUUUUCUCAUGGUAUUUCUGUUGGGUUUCUGAUGAUAUUUAUAGUUGGGGGAGUGGGGAUUUUGGAGUUGGAUUCAACUUCAAGAUGGAUUUAUGGCUGCUUGGACGUUAUAUAUGAAUAUAUGUGAUGUGAGGUCCUGUGGUGAUGGGGAGGUUUGCUUUGAAAUAUUUUUUUUUCCACCUUUUGAUAAUUUAAUUUGGAUGUAAAAUUUGUUUACAAAUGGUCCAUUUUGUGUAUAAUUCUCAUCCUUUUCAUGUCAUUAAUUAUGUUCAUCUUUACUUCAAGCACUUAGAUUGUUCUUUGGUCAUGCCUGACAUGGAAGAGUUCCAUUAUGUUGAAGAAUAAUAUUUGGGGAAAUAGAGAUUUUGAUUGUGUCAUAAGUCAUAUCGUAAAAAAUGUUUAGAUCACAACCGUUGAAUUUAAACUCAAUAUCGAAUACAAAUAGGCCCUUGAAUAUUAGUUGAUCACAUUGAAUUUGUAAGUCAUACAAGAUUUAAUUACUUCUGGUAAAAGGAAAAAUAAAUUUUUAUUUUCAUUAGAUUGAACGAACCUCGUAUAGCUUCAAUGAUCUAUUUUUCCUAUUUAUAGAACUAGAAUAUAGCAAUAGUCUAAAAUUACUUGCACAACUGUACUCAUAAAUUGCACCCAUCCAUCACAAUUGAAUUCACAGGACAUAAAUUGUAAUUCAUAAAACCAACAAGAAUGUCAUGCCCCUAAGAUCAAAUUCGAUAUUGGUGAAAUUUAGCAGCAGAAAUCAAAACCAAUACUAGAUCAAUCAAACUUCCAAUACAAACUACAAUAAAAUGUAUUGUAAUCACUAAUCACAAUCGUAUAAUUGUUUUUAUGUUGUAAACUUGUCUCGAUACAUUCAGUUGUAUUAUACAUACACAACCGAUAAUGCGAUACAGUUUCAUGGUGUAUCGGUCAAACCCCAAUCCUAUCCGAUGCAUACAUAUAGUUGCCCACCAAUUGCGGGAGGAGGAGCUGUAAGAUUAGACGUGAAUGCCAUGCUUUUGACAAGAUAUGAAAGAAAGGAAUUUGGUCACAAAACGAGACAGAUACAUACACCUUUACUUUACUUAACACCACGCGAAUCAUCAAUCUGGUUGUGGACUUUUUGAUUGUUCAUACUAAUCUAAUCCCCCAACUCAUCCCAUAAUAUAUCUAUUAAAUCCUAUCUAAUCUAAUCACAAAUAUAUCCUUAUAUUUAAGAAAAGCCUCUGAGUUGACGUCUGGCACCAGUUUAAGAAAUCGGCCAAGGAGAUAAGAGGGUUUGAAAGAAACUGAUGGACUGACUGACCCACCAACUAUUGAAUACUACUCUAGAACUAUUACUUGGUGGAAACGGCAAAAGCAAACAAAACAGCAGAGUUGCAUAAAGAAAAGAGUGGAUUCUGUGCUGUGCUGUGCUGCUGUUUUUGUUGUGUCGAUGAUAACUUUGAAACUUCGAUCAUGGUUACUUCAGCCAGAUCUCUCCAAUUGAAAGCGACCUUUCAGAAUGGGCCUUCUUUCUCUCUGUUAUACUUUUUUUUUGUCGUAAAGCAGAGGCGGAGGGCAUUUUGACUCUCUCUGUAAUUGGGGAAUGGAUCAGGUCAGUAACCUUAUGGUGAGUAACUAUGAGUAACCAGCCCACAUCAGCAUGACAUCAUCAUCCUCUCUUUCCUGGAAAGCCUUUAAUUUUCUCCUUCUUAAUCUUUGACGGACGAUUUCUCACUCGUUUUAAGUCGAAAUUUAAUUUUUUUUGCACAGUUAGAUCAGAUUAAUUGUGCUCUUCAAAAUGAUAUCCACUUUGAUAUAUUUUUCGAACAAAAAAAAUUAAGCCAUUUUUUACUAGUCUAUACCAUAUGGUAUUGACUGGUAUUGAAAUAAGAGCAUACCUAUGGUUUGAAAAGCGUAUCAUGGUGGUAUGACACAAACCAAAACUAUAGGAUGGUUGAAUACAUGAUAGUAGAAGUAUAUUAAUUGGCAUUUACGACUUUUAACAUUGUAUACCAUAAGAUACCAUAAAAUACCACCCCGUACCAGGGUGGUAUUGUAUGGUAUUGUGUGGUAUUUUUUUGUCUUGUAAUUUGUUCACCCAUAAAUUUGUAGAUCCAAUAGAUCAUGAUGAACUCGUCCCUAUUGUGCAAACGUUUUCAAAAACGAAUGAAAGACGAAGAAGAUACCAUAUGGUAUGCAGUUGGUACCGAGAGACCAGAAUUUUGUUUUCCUAAAAAAAUAUUGAAAAUUGAUCUCAUGUUGUAGAGCACGAUGAACUCAUUCCAUCUGUGCAAAAAAAAAAAAUCCGAGUUAAACGAAAAAGAUAUGAGUCAAUUAAGAAAGCUAGUGAAAAUAAAAAUGGUCUUUAAUUCUCCAUUCUUAGAUCUGGAUUUUCUAAAUGAAUGGUCCAGAUUUGGUUAUUGGGUUAUGCACCCUAACUUGAGCCUGUAAUUGGGGUCACAAUUAGCAACUUGACACACAACCCUUUUUUUUUUUGCCGUUGGUUUCUCCAGCCGUUUCGUUCGAUCAAAUCAUCUGUAAUUAGGGUAGACGAAGUAAGUAGGGCCAACUGGGACUUUUCAUACUUAACUCUAAUGCUAACAUAACUGGGACUCCCAUAUAUGAAAACGAGAACCCUGUGGACCGGACCAUCAAUGACCACAAAUAUGAAGGACUAAUUUGUAACACAUCUUUCUCUGCAGUCCCGCCGAUUGUCGUUUUCCGUUACGAAGACUGGGCAGAUGGAAAUAGGAAUAGAAAUAGACGGAGGAACAAUAAAUCAGAGAAAAUAAAUAAAUAUUAAUUUGUUUAGGCUGGGUGUGAAAUGACAAAAUUAAAAAGACGACAAAUGUAAGAACAUAUGGCUGUUUGGCUGUCUGCCUGUCACGCAGGCAGGCGCCCCCUUUCCCCAACUGCAAUUACAAGGUUACCGUUUGGUAAUCCAUGAUUUGCUAUUUUGUAAAAAAGAUUAGGAAAAUGGAUUGUUUGAUUAACUAGUAACUAUUUUAGAAUUAAUGGAUUCUAAGAGCUUAGAAAGAGGUUAGUUUUGUUUAUAAUAUUAUGCGCAUGAACCGAAACGAUUGUAAUUCUUCUCGCUUUUUCACUUUGCUUUUCCUGAAAUCAAAUUAAAAAGAAAAUAAAGGAAACCAAUGAUUCUGCUAUGCCUUCAAAUUUUUUAUAUUAUUAAAUUUGAUUUCACUUUUUCUCUGUGUCACAGAAUACAUUUUUGAUUUUUCACGUUGAUUCGAUCACGGAGGAAUAGGAUCUUCUUAAUCCUUGUUUUCCUCUCUACCUUGCAUAAAAUAUUUAUAUUUAAACAUUAAAAAAUAUUUGCAGGAGAAAAAAAUAUUCAUAAUUAACGAGGAAAAGCAAACAUUCUUGCCCUAGGGAUAUUUACGAGAAAGAUAUAAGGGAUUGUUUAAAAUGAUGACAUUGAAUGAGAUAAUUUGGUUCAAUUGUUUUCAAAUAAAAAAAAAUUGGUCAAAUAACCUUGUCUGGCAACACAAAAAAGGAAUUUAACAAUUGGGAUGAGAUAAUUUAAAUUACCUUGAUUCACAUCAAUUUGAAUUAAGAAGAGACCAUUGAAAGGAGGAGAAAAAGUUAUGAUAAAUUUUUUAAAACUAAAAUGAGAUGACUGAUAAUGAAACGAUUAUAAAAUAAUUGUGUUAAAUUAGCUCACUUCAAAAAUAUCUAUCAUUGAAAUUUGAAAUCACCAAAUAUUAAAAAAAUCGUUAACCCUAAGCAUGGAGUUUCCGUCGGGGUUAUAUAUAGAAUAAAAUAAGUCAUUUUGGAGGUUUCCUUCAUUCAUGGGAUAGACAGCAAAGGUAUCCCAAGCCAGCAGUGGAGGGAAUCCAUCUCUAAUCAUUUCCUCCACUAUCCUAAUAAAAAACUCAUAAUUUAUUUUUUGAUAAACUUAUGAAUGCCAAAACAGAUUUUAGCAGUUUUUUUAUAUUGUAAUAUAAUAAUUAUCAUUUUGAAUAUAUUUGAUACAUAAAAAGAAGAGUAAAAAUUACAGUUGAUGUGAUUUGAAUCGGACGAUCCGCGACUAAAUGUUAUUUGGGUUCGUGUUCUGAGUCUGGUUGUAACCGCUUUUCCUUAACCAGAUUGGAUUAUCUGUAAUCUGUAUCUCCUCAAAUUAUAGUGAAACUGACUCUCUUCUGCACGUGGAGUAACUAACACACAUUGUGUUAGUAAACCACGUAAAUCUGUGUGUCGUUUUCUUUCUUACUUUCGUAUUAUUGAUUUUUCUAAUCCUCCAAGUUAAAAAUCGGCAGAGAAACAGUCGUGAUCAUGACAACUAGUUCCCCCUCCUCAAUUUUGAAAAUUAACAAAACUUAAAAUUAAAAUAUGUACAGCAAAGAAGUAGACCCUCCCCAGGCCUCAAUAAUGAUGCAUUUACGUACAACUAAUUCCCCCUCCCCCUCCUCUUUUGAUUCAAUGCUAAUUAAUCAAUAUCUAAUUUUCUAUUCAAUUAAUACAACGUCAAUACUCUAUUAUAUCGUGGAUCUGCCUUGCUUAGAAUUCAGACUAAUGGUAUAUUUUUUUUGUAAUUAAAAGGAAAAAAAGAACUGCAUGGUUUCCUGUGGUCAUGACUCACGACAACAAAAUUCAAGACAUCCA